AUGAAUUUUCUAGGACUGUCAACCACUUUAUUCCUGUCUUUUCACAGGUUUAUACUUGGUAAACCUAUUGAGGGAAUCCACAAAAACAAUGACACAGGAGAAGCUGAUUUGCAGCAGGAUGAUGUUGUCUACAGAAGAAGAACACCGCGCAGCGCCAUGACAUGCAGUUGGGGUUGCUAUUGGCCCAGAUCAGAAAAUGGAGUGGUCUACAUUCCAGUUAACGUCUCUACCGAAUUUUCUGUGGAGCAGAGGCUUGUGAUAGCUGAAGCUAUGCAAGAAUUUGUCACACUGACCUGUGUCCAGUUUAUCACUCACACAACAGAACAUGACUACCUAAAUAUUAUCCCUGGAGAUAAAUGCUGGUCUUACUUUGGGAAGAUUGGCGGAAAGCAGCAAUUGGGCUUGACGAAAUAUGGCUGCAUAUAUAAAGGAUUAAUUCAGCAUGAGCUCAACCAUGCACUGGGCUUCCUACAUGAGCAAGCCCGGAGUGACCGAGAUAAGUAUGUCAAAAUCAACUUGGAGUAUAUUACAGCAGGAGAACAGGGGAAUUUUGAGAAAGUGAACUCCAGCAAUCUGGGUCUUCCCUAUGACUAUGGCUCAGUGAUGCACUAUGGCACAUACGACUUUACUAACACUGCUGGAAAAGCAACCAUUGUCCCUAUUCCUAAUGCAUCUGUACCAAUUGGGCAGAGACUAGGGUUGAGCAAUCUAGAUGUGAAAAAAAUCAACAAGCUCUACAGCUGCAACAGUUGUAGCACUGUGCUAUAUAGCCCAAGUGGGAAUUUCUCCUCGGGCAACUACCCACGUUCCUACCCCAAUGAUGUCACAUGCCUGUGGCUGAUCCGAAUCCCACAAGAAAAGGUCUUUCUGAAUUUUCAUGUCUUGGAUCUCCAGCCCUCCCCAAACUGUGCAUCUGACUACAUCCGAGUUUACGAUGGCAUCAGUAGAAAUUCUCGUGUUCUCAUUGACAAGUUUUGUGGGGUAGGGCAAUUGCCCGCUGUGGUGGCUUCUCGGAGCACAAUGCUUAUAGAGUUUGUGAGUGAUGGGGAUACCACAGCAGCAGGUUUUUCAACCUCCUAUACACAUGUGAAAUGUGGAGGAACUUUCACUGAGGCUUCCGGAGCAGUCGUUUCCCCAAACUUCCCUAGAAGAUACCCCCCAAACCAAGCUUGCCUGUGGAUUAUCAGCGCUCCAGUAGGAAGCAGGAUAUCCCUAACUAUGGCCUCUUUUGAACUGGAGGACAUUGACAAGUGCAGAUAUGAUAGGCUUGUCCUUCGUGAUGGCGGCCAAAACAGUUCUCCACUUGUUGGCACGUUCUGUGGAAACAUGGAGGUCCCAGCUUUCAUUUCUACUGGAAGCUUUCUACGUAUAGAAUUUUACACUGACAUUGCUUUUGAAUUUUUGGGAUUCAGGCUGGACUACUCAAUCAGUUAA